GCUUAAUUACUUAUCCAGAGCGCACCGUUGUAACAGAGUGCGGUCGACAGGGGCGGCAGAGGAAGAGACCGAUGGCGAGUGGGUGCGCGGUGUCGGUCGCCGGCGGCUCCAAGUGGUUGCUCCAAUUCAAGAACCAGGAUGCUCGCGAAGGCCUCGCCAUUAGCCGCUUGCCGCCUCUUCGUCCGUCGACAGGCCUUCCUCCCUCCCUACUCCUCCGCCUCGCGAGAACCCCAGACCGCUGCCGCCUCUUCACUGUCGCCGCCCAAGAUUCCAACCCUCGGCAGCAGCAGCAGCAAGAGCUCGACGUUUCCGUCCUCCGCUUCACUUUUGGGAUUCCGGGUCUUGAUGAGUCCUACCUUCCGAGGUACAUUGGAAUCGCCUUCGGAUUCCUAAUCAUACUCAACCACGUCUUUUCCGCCUCCCCUGCUACUCCCGCUCAGCUGAGGACCGAGGCUCUUGGGAUGUGUUUGGCCGCCUUCUCGACCGCCCUCCCUUAUCUUGGAAGGUUUCUUGAGGGUGCAAAUGCAACAGAUCGGGCAUCAAUACCAGAAGAAAAUAAGCAAAUAUUCUUCAUGUCAAAUGACAUCCUAGAUACUCAGAAGGGAGAUCUGGCUUGGGCAUCGUAUGCUCUUUUACGCAACACGAACAGCAUGUCAGUGAUUAUAGCAGUUAAUGAUGUAAUAUGCGUACGUGGCUACUGGAAUACACCUGAAGAUAAAGAUGCUUCAAAAGAUCAUCUACUGAAUUGGUUCAAUAGUCAGAUUCAGAAGACUGGGUUUUUUGACCUCAAAGACAUGUUAUACUUUCCUCAAUGCUCAGCUACAGAAUCUGAACUUGGGACUCUACUACCUAAAGGAACUCUGUCAGCGCUAAUACAACCAGUGAUCAGAACCUCUGAUCCAGUUGUUAAUUUUGCAAUGAAGAAUGAAGGAUUUAUCCUGCUGGCAUCCAGUGUCAAAUAUGCAUAUUCUGAAAAAGAUAGAGCUUGGAUCAGAGCAGUUGCUAAUAAAUUUUUGCAUAAAAUUUCCAAGGAUUUGUAACAUCUCAACGAGAUGUAUGGGAGGUUGUAAAAGAUGGUUUUGUUGAACCAAGUGCGGAGGGAGAAGCAUGAAUGGGUAAUGAAGCAACGAAACAACUUAACGAUCAAAGAAAGAGGGAGAAGAAGGCCUUGUUCACAAGUUACCAAGGCCUUGAUGAAGCAAUGUUCGAGAUUAUUGCUCCAUCGAGGACAUCAAAGGAGGCAUGGGAUACUUUACAAAGAGCAUUUGGUGGUAUGGUCAAAGUGAAAAAAAGAUCUACCUACAAGCUUUAAGAGAUGAAUUUGAAAAACUACAACAAGGUACCUCUAUAUCAAUCUCCGAUUACUUCUCCAAAGUUAUUUUUAUUAUUAACCAAAUGAGAAGUAAUGGUGAAUAAUUAAAUGACUAAAGAGUAAUGGAGAAAAUUUUAACAUAUUUAGAUCUGAAGUUUGAUUUUGUUGCCGUAGCAAUUGAAGAAUCCAAAAACCUAGAACAAAUGUCAUUGGAACAACUAAUGGGUUAUCUUCAAGCAAAGGAACAAAGGCUUACAAGAAAAGGAGAAGAUAAGUCAUUAGAGCAAGCUCUACAAACUAAACUUGCUCUUGAGAACAAAGGAGAACCAAAGUCUCAAAGAGGUAGAGGUUAUGGGCAAUGAGGAAGAGGAAGAGGUCAACCUACCUAAGAAGCACAAAACAACCAAAGUGAAUGAGACAACAUAGGCUAAAGAGGUCGAGGUCGAGGCCGUGGACGAGGGAAAUUGGAGGUAUGACAAAAUGCUAUUAUAAUCCCAACAAUGCAAGUUAGAAUGCAAAUUUUGCAAAUACAAAAGAAAAAAAUGACAAUCUUGUUUUACUGAUGGCUAAUGAUGAUAUAAAAGAUAGCCAAUCUAUGACAUGGUAUCUAGACACAGAUGCUUCCAAUCAUAUGAGCGGCUAUAGCGAACUAUUUGCUGAAACUAAUGCAAAUUACUUUAGCAACUUUUGAUGAUUUGUCACCUGUAAGAGACAAAGAUAAUUUUUUUUCUUGAGCUCAAUAAUGGGAAGCAAGUAUGGAUUUCAAGUGUUUACUAUGAUCUUGAUAUUUGAAUAAUAUUUGAAUAAUAUUUUAAGCUUGAUUCAAUUGCUUGAAAAAUGAUAUGAUAUUAAAAUGAAAGAUUUAUUUCUUUUAAUUCGUGACAAAAACAAGACCAAUCUCUUGUAUGAAAAUGACUAAGAACAGGAUAUUUAUUCCAAGGAUUGA